AUGGGUCUCGCGGCGCCAAAGAACCGCACCCGCCUCUCCUCAGACCCCCAAAACAAGCACUGGUCCAGCAACACCGACCGCUUCGGUCACCGUCUCCUAACCUCCCAAGGCUGGACGCCCGGUUCCUCCCUCGGCGCGAAAGAAGCGUCGCACGCCUCCCACUACACCGCGGGUUCUCAUUCGCACGUCCGCGUGCUGCUCAAAGACGACACACUCGGCCUCGGGGCAAAACGGGGCAGUGAGCGUCCCGAGAAUUUCGGGCUUGCGGGAUUAGAGAGUAUAUUGGGGAGGUUGAAUGGGAAAGAAGAGGAGGUGAAGAAGGAGCAGGAGAGAAAGGAGCAAGUGGAGAGGAAAAGCUGGGUGAACAGGAGGUAUGGAUUUAUGAAUUUUGUAUCUGGGGGUUUUUUGGUGGGGGACAGGAUCCAGAAGAGGAUUAAAAAGGAAGUAAAAGGGGAUGUUGGGGAAGAUAUUGAGUCCGAGGAUGAGGCGGUGGAGAAGAAGUCGAAGAAGCGGAAGAGGGAAAAAGAUGAUGGGAAUGUGAAGGGCGAGAGUGUGGAUGAGCAGCCAAAGUUGAAGAGGAAGAAGAAGAGCAUGGAUUUGAGGUCUGCUGUCACUACGGGUGGGGCUCCUCAAGCAGACUCGUCUAAGAUAAAAUCUAAAUCAAAGAAAGAGAAGGAAAGGAAGGAAAAGAAAAGCAACAAGUCAAAAAAGUCCUCCACAUCCUCCUCAACCUCCACAUCCGAGUCUGCAAAGCCCCUUCAAGAAGACGCCGUAUUCGACAAAUCCAAACGCAAAGCCGAAAAGCGCGCCCGAAAAGACGAAAAGAAGCUGAAGAAAGCCCUCAAGAGAGCUGCCAAAGAAACCGCUCGACCAGAUCCCAAUACCUACGAACCCACAUCUCUCUCUUCAAUCUCCGAAGCAGAAGAAACCGAUGAGGCGACUUCAGUGCCCAUAUCUGGUCCCACGACAGGAACAUCCACCCCCUUAACCUCGGUCUCUGGCCUCUCCUUCGGAGCGGGCGGACGCCACGCUGUAAGACAACGAUACAUUCGCCAGAAGAAGAUGGCAAGUAUGGAUCCGCAAGCCCUGAAAGAGAUCCUUAUGAUCAAAAGUCCGGCAUAAAUCACAGCAUUUCUGUAUUCGCUUCCUCGCAUAGCGAGGCGUUUGGGAUUGCCAUUCGGGAAACUCUCUGUUUCGCCAGUGCUCCGUUGCAACAUGCAUGGCUCUAAGGUGUGACUGUACAUGGGGUUUGAAGCCCUUCGGGAGAAGCCAUGUUGCUAGGACCUGGACUAUAU